AUGGUGCUCUUGCAUUUCAAGCAGGGCGAUGAUCGCCAGUUCUUGUUCGAGGCGCCCGGCGCCGAGUGCGUCGAUGCGAUCGUCAGGGAUGUCGUCGCCGUGAAUAAUCUCCAGCUCCGGAUUCUCCAUCUGGUCCAGGAAUGCGGGCAGCUGCUGGAGUAUGGGCCGAUCAAAUCCAAGGAGGAGCAAGAACAAGACGAGGAGGAGGAAGACGAGGGUAAUUCCACUGGCGCCAGUAGCUCUUCUUCUCGUAAGGAAAGAGGGCCGUUCUACAAGAAGGAUCCAAGCGGUCGUCGGACUGGAGAAGAGACUAGCGUUUCGAAAGGACUUCCCAGGCACGACCCUGUGCAGCAGCAACUUACUGGAACUUUUGAAGGAAAAGAGCUCAUGCGUGACAAAAGACUUGCGGAUUACGUCGGGAAGAAUGACAAGACAAAGACUCUAAAAGAGAACACAGACGACUCCUACACAAACUCUGAGUGGGCGAAUCCACAAGCUCUGAAAGCUCACUUCCACGGGACGAGCAACAUUCGAUUCAGAUAA